UUUUUUUUUAAGGACUUGACAGGGAGAUUUCUCCCCCCCCCUUGAAGGAUGACAACAUACUAAACCAGAAGGAAGGAAGGCGAAGUGGGAUAAGGAGAGAGGAGCGGGAAAAGGCUGAGGGACCUCUUGGAAAGUGACAAUUUCAGGUAGCCUAAUGCUGUCCUGACAGCUGUCCCUGCCGCUCAAGCCUCCUCAAUGUUGCUAUGCAGCAGGAGCAGACUUUAUUUCCAUUGACUUUUUCCUCUGUAAAGACAAGGACCAGCCAAGGAACUGGCUGACCUAGGAUUACUGAAGUGCACAGACGCCCGGCUGAGUGAGUAUUAUUUGAGAUAAGGCGGUUGAAGUCAUUGUGGCACACAUGAUCACCACGGCAAGAAUCCCCGCUGAUAAACCCGUGCGCAUUUCCUUCAGUCUUAAUGACUCGGCAGAUGAAACAUCUGCAGAGAAAGCCUUCCCUUUGUCAUUUCCAGAUCUAGACCAACAACUUCAGCCUCUUCCACCAUGUAACACUUCCAAAGAGUCCAUGCAAGUGUUCAAACAGCACUGUAAAAUCGCAGAGGAAUAUCAUCAAGUGAAGAGGGAGAUAACACUUCUGGAGGAAAGGAAAAAAGAAUUGAUGGCCCGUUUGGAUCAGUUUGAGAAGGAAAACUCGGAUGUCGUUCACUUAGCGCAGGAAUACGAGGACCUCAGUAAAGAGAAUCAGAGCCUCAGCCUGGCUCACUCCCGAUGUAAAGAGCAACUCGAAAAACUGAGGAUACAGUACCAGAAACGGCAGGGCUCAUCCUAACAGUGAGAGGGCCAAUCUACAAACCCAUACAAAGUGAUCUACACAUCAGCACUUUUAUUUAAAACAAUUUGGUACAACAUUGUAAUAAAAGGCGCCGCCUUUCCAAAGCGAUUUAAUGGCCACGUGCAAACAAUGACGAUGCUUCUUAGAGGGAGCCUGCCACCAGUACAAGUUUUUAUAGUAGGGCAUUAGAUUUUCUAAUAGCACCAAACUGGGCAGGAGGGGGGGCCACAAUUGGGCCUACUGAUUAGGGGGCUGGAUUAUCCCUUGUCACAUAUGUCCCUCCAACUUUGAGCCUACACAGCCACUCUGUAAAGCCGAAAGAGAUCACAUGACGCAUUGCAACCCUGACUCUUCAGAGACAGGAAGAACCUUGUUUCUAAAGAUUUGGGCAACGAGGUCUAUUUUUCAAGCCCUCUGAUCGGCCCACAUUGAGUUUACCCAAUAUUUUCUUUUAGUUCUGCUUCCUUAAAGAAGUACUCCAGGAUCAGAAAACUUAUACCCUAUACUAAGGACCCCCACGAUCUCCUGUACGGGGCCCCAGCACGAAGGGCGUGUGUCGACCAAUGCGCGAAGUGGCGGCUGACAUGCCCCCUCAAAACAACGCUAUGGGAGAUCCGGAGCGCUGCUUUCGGCAAUCUCCGGGUCUGCAAUAGCACUGCACUGAGGGGGCGUGUCGGCCGCCGCUUCGUGCGAUGAUUGACAUGCCCCCCUCCCGCGAUCUGACACUUAUCCCCUAUUCUAGGGGAUAAGUCUUCAGAUCCUGAAAUACUCCAUUAAAGUAAUCUGUCCUGGUGACAAUACCCCUUCCAUAACAAUAUGCAAAGGUGUAAAACAUGAACAACCUAUAAAAAAAUUGUGAAAUUGACAAAAAAUACAAUUUUAUUACUAUAUUUUAUACAUUAUAUUUGCUUUAUCCUUGGUUCACUUUUCCCACAGUGCCACCACUGGAGAAAUUACGCAUUACAUCCCUUUGAAAUCAAUGGGUUGUCCAUAUAUUGUGUGAAAGUGCCUAGUGCUCCAGAGUAAAUGAUCCUCUUUAAAACAACACUUUAUUGUUGGGUGAAGGUGAUGACCAAAAAUUUCCUGAUAGGGGUUUUCUAAAUCAGACACCCUCUUUAAAGUCAGGUGAAGGGCGGGAU